AUGUCCGAGGGUCGUCAGAGCCAAGUGGUUCUGCUUGACGAGCGGCGACUGGACAUUCUUAUCAAGCCCAAAUUAUAUGCUGGCGAGCUUUUGGAUAUGGUGGCCUCUCAUUUCAGCCUCAAAGAAAAAGAAUAUUUUGGUCUCGCCUACGUGGACGACACCGGUCACUACAGUUGGUUGCAGUUAGACCGUAGAGUGUUGGAGCACGAAUUUCCCAAGAGGUCGGCACAGUCUACUCUUGUCCUUUACUUCAGGAUAAAGUACUUCGUGGAGAGUAUUACACACCUUCGCGACAGUGCUACAGUAGAAGCCUUUUAUCUACAAACGCAAUCUCUAGUCUAUAAUAGUGUCAUUGAAGUCAGUAGUGAUACAGCUUUUCAACUUGCAGCUCUAGUCCUUCAAGCAACUUUUGGCGAUUUUACAAAUGAUGAAACUGCAAAGCAGCAAUUAAAAAAAUUACCUGUUUUGCCUACCAGUGCAUUAGUUGAGCAUCCUUCUUUAACUGUAUGUGAAGAUCGAGUCAUAGAACAAUAUAGAUUAUUUAAAGGACAAUCAAGGGGCUCAGCUAUUGUAAAUUAUAUGAGAAUAGCAGAAUCUCUACCAACAUAUGGUGUUCAUUAUUAUGAAGUGAAGGAUAAGGCAGGUAUUCCUUGGUGGUUAGGUAUCAGCUACAAAGGAAUAUGUCAGUAUGACCAUACAGACAGAAAAGUACCCAGAAAGUUGUUUCUCUGGAAGCAAUUAGAAAACCUCUACUUUCGAGACAGAAAAUUUUCUAUAGAAGUUUGUGAUCCUAAGAGGGUAGUUGCUUCAAGAAAGACAUUUGGUCCUGGGAAUAUUAGUGUCUAUGUUUGGUUUUCUAGCAAUCCUUCACUUACAAAGUGCAUAUGGUCUAUGGCAAUAGCACAACACCAAUUUUAUUUGGAUAGAAAACACAAUAAGAGUGCUUUAUCUUUAUCACGUAACUUCAGCGAUAUUGCUGAUGAGCUUUCCCAUGGUUCCUAUUCGACUGAAACAUCAUCUCUUGGUAGAAGUGUCAGUUCUCUAAGUCUUCCUGCUCUCAAAAUUGACAGUGAUUCUUGUGAUGAAACACUUGAUACAGUUGAGAUGUUUGUUGCACUGAAAGCACGAAGAGAAGCUUUGGAAGAAGCACUUCAUAAAAGAUCUGAAGAACUAAAGAAGUUGUGUCUCAGAGAAGGAGAACUAACUGGAGCACUUCCACCAGAGAUGCCACUGAGUCCUGGGGAACAAAUACCUAUCAUAAAAAAGAAAGUGGGGCCUGCUUUUCCUAUCAAGGAUAAAUCUCUGUUCAAGAAGAGGAGCAAAGAUGAAGAAGAGCUGGCUCGCUUAGAACUUGAAUAUGAAAUUCAAACUAAAAUUGUAAAUGCAGCUUUGAAGCUUCUAAAUGAUGGUUCAGUGAAGAAGAAUAUUCGUCGGCAAAGGAAACUUUCUCAUCAAAAAGCUGUUUCCAAGUUAAAGGAAAUUGAGCAAAAAUUAUUUCACUUCAAGAAGCAAGUGAAUGCUAUAAGGAAGGAGAGCAUGUCACAUUCUGAUUCAGAAAGUGCAGUGCAAACAUCUAGUUCGUGCACAAAAGGCCUCACAAUAACAUUUUCACCUACAGAAAGUGAGAAAGAAGAUGCCAAAAAUACCUUAAAUAAGAUGACAUCAUCAUCUUCAUCUCCUGUUCCUUUACGAAGUGUUACAAGAGCUGCAAAUUCUAACUCUGUUCCAUCUAGUCCAUCUAAUUCUCGUCAUCUAGCAUCCAUGCAAGAAAACAAUAUGAUUGAAAAACAGAACAGUCUGAGAACGGGUUUAUCAUUACAAGGCUACACUCCAAGUUCUGUGUAUCAGACACAAACUUCAUAUCGAAGCCAACAAUAUCCUACAUUUUCCAUGCGUUCUCCAUCAUCUUAUUCUUCAGCUUCUAGUUCAGAACUUGGUGGAAUUAUUGCAUAUGACAAGCACAAUGUAGUUCCUCCACUUUCUGCACCUUAUCGAAAUAAAUUUGAAUCUACUCUAGAUAUUGAAGGAUCAAAUUUGUACAGUGUUCCUACUCAGCGCACAAGCCAAGCUUUUGACACGCAAGAUGAUAUUUUAGCAUCUUUUACUCUUGCUCCUCAGGACUUGGGCUUGAUGUCGCGGCAUAAUAGCCUGGAUAGGAAUCGUAGACAUAGCUUUCAGAAAUAUCGCAGAUACAUAGAUAACAGCAGCACAUUUGGGGAUAUAAUACGACCCAAUUCUGCUCAACCACACUCCAUGUACGAUAACUUAAUAUCAUAUACUGACCAAGGUACUGGAACAAUUCCAUAUCAAGAACAUCAGCAUAGUCACCUACAAUCUCAUUUAUCGGCAUAUUCAUUUCAUCAUCCUCAUCAUUUUCAUCAUCAUCGUCAUCAUGAGGGAAAAUCUCCAACAAUGGAAUCCCAGGAUGGAUUCUCUGGUUAUUCCAGCCAGUCUAGUGAUAUACAGUUUCAACAAGAUGCCAAUUUAUAUCAAAAAAAUCUGAAACUGUAUGCUGCUGAGGCUAUGUAUUUAGGUCAGAAUAGACAUUCAGAGACUCGUUACAAACACCAGUAUCACUUGUCACCAACAUCCCCUUCUCUAAAGCAGCAAACAAAGCACUGGACAGAAUUUUCUUCAGACAUGAAAAACAGAACACCUAGUUUGAGUCCAUAUGAUUCAGGACUUUCUUCUCCAUCAAGUGCAACAGAACGGAGCUGGCCCUCCAGAUCACCACAGACUGUUCAAACAUCAAGUUCGAUGGGAAACUUGAAAUCUCAUGUCGGUCCUAAUUUUCCUAGUUCUAAUGUUGAUGUUGUGUCAUAUGGGCAUUUUCAACCAUAUUGGGAAGAGACAAAACCAUACGAAACAUCAGAUUUUUACAAAUACAGCACAAAGCACCGUAAACAGCAUCAAGCUGCUAGUCAGAAUCUACAUGCCAAAUUAUCAGCAUGGAAAGCUAAUCAAUCUAAUGCACAGCUUCUUAAUGCUCCAUCUGUAAUGUCACCAGUUUUAGAACGAUCUAGGACUGCAUCACCUGCUUGUAGUGUACCUGGCAGCAGUCAGCAAACUUCAUUUGAAGAUGAUGAAAAACUGCCUUCCGAGAAAACAGAUGUAGAAGGCAAAUCACACCAAGAACAAGCAAGUCAGGGGAAAAAUAUAACUUCUGAUGCUUUCCAUGAUGAUAUUUUGGACUGGUUUAAUAAACAGGAGAAAGGCAAAAAAACCACAUUGGUCUGAGCUUUCUGUUCCCAAAGCUCUUCAUUAAUUAAAAAAAAAGUUAAACCUGCCAAAUGUGCAAUGUGACAAAGCCCUGUUUCAAAGGCAGCACAAGGACAAAAUUGGCCAAGUCUGCAUUUUAUGCUAAGGAGAUUUGUCUCUUCCAGAUCUUCAUAUAAAUGUAGUCUUAUAUAAUGGAAAUCAACAAGAUGCAUUUGUUAUAUUUUCUUUCAUGGUUCUCCUAUUGUGCAAAAUAAGCGAAAUGGAAGUAUGUUUGUGAAUCCUAAUGAAUGAGUUCUGUGAUAUAGUUUGUAACAAUUAUUGUUAAAUGUCAGUACUUGUAUUGAUUAUAUGUUGCAUAUGAAGUAUUGAAAAAGGAUGUAAUUUAGAUGUUCAUGGACAUUUAUUUUAUUUUUUAAAAAAUUAUAUUUUGUGAUAAUCAAAUUAUUUUCAUGUAAAAUUAAGUUUAUGGUAUAUAUCAUUGUAUUCCUUUAUAAUUUCCAGAUGAUUUUUUUAAAUCUCUUAAAAUUUUAUUAUAGACAAGAUUUUAAUUUUCAAACCACAAAAUUUAAAUAUAUAUAUACAUAUUUUUUUUCCCCUGUGAAGCAACAUUUCUACUUAAAACAAUAGUUAAUAAAGUAUAUAUGUUGCUGUGUUGUAUAUUAAUGAUAGUUGAUUUUUUUUUUUUUGUUAAAAAAGUUACAUAUCAAAAGACAUGUUAAUUAAUGUAUAUUAUAGUG